AAUUCAUUCAUAAUAUAUAAAAUAUAUAAUGGGCCUUCUUUUAAAACUCCAAAGCAAUGCAAUUAGUAUUAUUAUUAGUAUUGGAUUCUCAUUAAAAAAAAUGAAAAAGGAAGAUAAAGAUGUUAAUGAUGAAGCAACUUUAUACUAAAUCACCCAAUAAGUCAAGAUUAAAUAAAAGCAAGAAUGGUCCCCGUUUGUUCCCUCCUUUAUUUGUUACUGAUGUUGAGUAGUGCAAUGAGUAAUACUACUAAUCUCUGUUUCCCAUGCAAUAUGAUUUAUGAUCUAUGAUUCUUUCCUCCUCAUUCACCCCACACAAAGUCACCAACACUGUUCCCCAUUUUUGGUUACUUUGAACUAAUUGAAAAUAGCUACUAGUACACCACUCCACUUCACUCCCCACCAAAAACUACUCUUCUCUCUCUCUAAAUAUUGAUAGUCCAAGUCCCAAUGGAUAUCUCAGCAACCUUUACCUUGUUGUUUCUUCUAGUUGCUUCCAUUGCUGCUGUAGCUUCUGCUGAUGUUUUCUCUGAUGCAUUGUUGAGCUUAAAAUCUGAGUUUUCAGAUAAUUAUAAUGCCUUGGGUGAUUGGUUUAUGCCUUCCAACAAAAACCCAUCUGAUGAAAUUACUGCUUGUUCUUGGUCCGGGGUUUCUUGCAACAGCAACUCCACCAUGGUUAUUGGGUUGGACCUCUCAGCCAGAGGCCUCGCCGCCGAACUUUCUGGUAAACAGUUUGCUGUCUUUGUUGAUCUUGUUAGCCUCAAUUUCAGCCAUAAUCUGUUUUCUGGGAAGCUUCCUCCUUCAAUCUUUAACCUCACAAACCUAAAGAAUUUAGACAUUAGUAGGAACAAUUUUUCUGGCAAAUUUCCAAGUGGUGUUUCAGGGUUAAAGAAGCUUGUGGUGCUUGAUGCCUUUAGCAAUGGCUUUUCAGGGCCUUUGCCAGCUGAGGUUUCACAGGUUGAGUCACUCAAAGUUGUCAACUUUGCUGGAAGUUACUUCAGUGGGCCAAUUCCUUCAGAAUAUGGGAAUUUUAAGAGUCUAGAGUUUAUCCACCUAGCUGGGAAUCUUCUUGGUGGUGAAAUUCCUCCAGAACUAGGCAAGCUUCAAACUCUGACACACAUGGAAAUUGGCUAUAACUCCUACCAACGAGGCAUCCCCUGGGAAUUAGGUAAUAUGCCUCAAAUUCAAUACCUUGAUAUUGCUGGUGCUAAUCUCUCAGGUCCAAUCCCAAAAGAGAUUAGCAAUUUGGCUAACCUUCAAUCCCUUUUCCUCUUCAGAAACCAGCUUAAUGGCCUUAUUCCUUCACACUUCAGCAAGUUGGUUUCUCUGCAAAGCUUGGAUCUUUCUGACAAUCAGCUUUCUGGGCAAAUCCCAGAGAGUUUCUCAGAGCUAAAGAAUCUAUCUUUGCUCAGCCUUUUUCAAAAUAAAUUGAGUGGCACUGUUCCCCAUGCCAUAGCAGAUCUUCCUAUGUUGGAUACUCUUCUACUUUGGAACAAUUUUUUCUCUGGGUUGCUCCCUAAUAGCUUGGGGAUUAACUCAAACCUGAAGUUGGUGGAUGUUUCAUCAAACAAUUUCAGUGGAAGCAUACCCCCUAAUCUUUGUGCUAAUGGCAUGCUCUCCAAGCUUAUUUUAUUCUCUAAUUAUUUUGCUGGCGAGCUUCCUCCUUUUCUCUCCAAUUGUUCAUCUCUGGUGCGAAUUCGCUUCGAAUAUAAUUCACUAUCAGGUCCAAUCUCAUUGAGCUUUGGCAGUCUUUCUGAUAUUUCAUAUGUUGAUUUGUCAAGUAAUAAGUUAACAGGUGGUGUGCCUGAGGAUAUUACUCGAGCUUCUAAGCUUGAAUACUUGAAUGUCUCCAACAACCCGGAGCUUGGAGGUAAACUCCCACCAAAACUAUGGUCCUUGCCACUUCUUAGCAACUUCUCAGCCUCCUCUUGUAACAUAUCAGGCAGUAUUCCCUCUUUCCAAUCUUGCAAAUCUCUUACUGUUGUGGAACUUAGCGCAAACUACCUGUUAGGGAAUAUGCCAGAAACUAUUUCAGAUUGCCAUGGCCUUAGUAUCAUAGACCUAUCUCAUAAUAACAUCAGUGGUGAAAUCCCUGAAAGACUAGGUCAUUCCACAAGUUUGCUGCUACUAAAUGUGUCAUUCAAUGAUAUAUCUGGCUCAAUUCCAGAGAACAGCAAUUUUAGAUUGAUGGAUAGCAGUGCUUUUCAGGGCAACCCAAAGUUAUGUGGGGUGCCGUUGCAGGCAUGCCGGAAUUCUAAGGAAAUCCAAACUGAGUUAUUGUGGGUACUGGUACUUUGUGCAGCAGUUGUUGUCUUCAUAGCCCUUGCUGUCUCUGGGGUAUACUAUAUCCAGAAAGAGAGAAAAAAAGGGCAAUGGAAAAUGAUAUCUUUCGCUGGAUUUCCCAACUUCACUGCAUAUGAUGUCUUGAAGAGCUUUAGCUCUCCAGAGUUUAUGGACACAUUACAGUAUCCGUUAGUAUCUUCUCCGAUUUGCAAAGUCACCUUGCCAACAGGCAUAACAGUUUCAGUGAAGAAGAUCGAGUGGGAUCCACAGAGAAUGGAAGUGAUGGAAGAGUUGAUCAUCCAAAUGGGCAAUGCAAGGCACAAAAACUUGACUAGGUUGCUUGGUUAUUGCUACAACAAGGAUCUUGUGUACCUUCUGUAUGAUUACUUGCCGAAUGGUAACGUAGCUGAGAAGAUAUUGGCAAGGCAGGACUGGACUUCCAAGUAUAAGAUAGUGCUGGGUAUCGCUAAGGGCCUAUGCUAUCUUCAUCACGACUGUUAUCCAGCCAUUCCUCAUGGCGACCUUAGGCCAAGCAACAUUGUGUUUGCUGAAAGUAUGGAGCCCCAGUUGACUGAAUUUGGUUUCCGGUUUUUGAUGCAGCUUAACAAAGGUUCAUUCCCAGUCACAACAUCCAAAAUGCAACCAGGUCAAUACACAUCAGUUAAUGAGGAGCUGUACAUGGACAUAUUUAACUUUGGAAACAUCAUCCUAGAAAUCUUGACUAAUGGAAGGACACAAAAUGUGAGUAAAAGUAUACUAAACAAGCCAGCUGAAGAUCUUUUAGAGGAGAUAUGCAGGGAAAAUGAAGUGAGUCGUCAAGAUACUCUGAGGAAGGAACUAAGUUUGAUGCUUGAAGUUGCUUUACUCUGCACCAGAAGCAGGUCAUCUGACCGACCGUCCAUGAAGGAUGUCGUGAAUAUUUUAUCUGGGUCGAAUAGUUGAAUGUAAAAAUCAAAAGAGCAUACUUUAGAUUAUAGAAAUUAAAGUACAUACUAAUAUACACAGGCAACAGCUGCAGUGACUUUGUAACCAAUCAUAUGCAGCUAAGAUUGCUGAUGCAUUUGAUGGCUAUAGUUCUAAGCCUUUUCUUUCCUUCUGCUGUGUUUUUGUAUUUCCUUUUUCUUGAUUUUUGUUGUGAUGUAAGAUUGCUGCCUGUUAGCAGACUUGUGACCAAAAGACAUGUUUAAGAAGUGAUGAAUUAUUUUUGUUGUGAUGUUAGCUCACGGACAUGUUAAAUCUAGCUCGUGAUUCCUUAAUAAUUGAUACUACAGUUUCUGAUC